AUGGCGGCAAUGGGAGCAGCGGGCGCCGCAGGCUCGAUUGCUCCCAAGAUCCCUCGGCUCGUGAGGAGUCUCCCUCCCAGUAGCAGGCCCCAUCCACCUCCCGGAUUCCUCAAACGGCUUCCCUUCGCCGGUAAUUGCCGUCAUUGUUCUGGCGACGAUCGUAGGGGUGUUGGGGGUGCAGGAGUUGUACCUACCGCUGCCGCCACCGCUGCCGCUGCCGCUUCAAUGGUGUACGAGAGGGAGCUCGCAGUAGCGAAGAAGGCGGCGUCGCUCGCGGCGCGCCUCUGCAAGGUAAUGCGCAUGGCCUGUAACCCUAGGGCCUUCUGCAUCCCCGUGUCUUUCUUGUGGAUCCAUCAGAUUCUCUCGCAUCCACUUUGACCUUCAGUUGGAAGAAAACUCUCUCUUCAGUUGUAACCCUAGGGUACUGGGAGUUGAUUCAUCCAGGAUGGAAUACUCUCGCUCGUUGGGAUGCGAAGUAUAAGUGUUCCUUGAAUGUUUUUGAUUGCCACUUCAGUAUCUAUACGUGAAUCGAAAUAUUUUUCUUUCCGGAGAAUAGGUGGCAUGUUCCUAUGAUUCUCGGUGAAGCUCUCUGCUCCCUUGGAUGCGCACGUAUGGUUUUUAGAGUAGGCAUAGAUCCAGAACUUUCAAAUGACUAUAUGCAAAUGUGUCUGUCGAACCUGUUGAGCAUGUACGCUGGCAGUAUGCUGUGUGAUAUUAGUUUUAUUAGAAGCCCGUUCCUUGACUAGCAUUGUUAAAUCUCUUUAGCAGUGGCCGUAUGUUGGAGACAACUUACUGUUCCAUGCGAAUUUACUCCAUACGACUUUAGUUAUUCUUUAACCUAUUUUCAAAAUGAUAUUUCAUUUGGUGUCUCCUUGAGUUUGUGUUUUCUUGUUUCUAAUUUUGUUUUUUUUGUGAUAUUGCAAUUUGAUUAGAUUUUGAAAGUUAUUGAGAACUAUAUUUUCUUUAUCAUUUCAGUCUGUACAAAAGUCAAUACUACAGUCAGAUGUCCAAUCAAAAUCGGAUAAAAGCCCAGUCACUGUGGCAGACUAUGGUAUGAAAGUAAAUUCAAUUGAUGUAAUAUAUCUACAUCCUGUUGCAUAAUUCUGUUACAAGAUGAUCUCCGCUGACAAAAAAUGGAGUCCCAUCUUCUAACACUGUUGUAUUGUAUCAAUAUGGACGUUUGACAUAAUAAGGUACUUAAGAACUAUGCAUUCAUGAUGGUUUUCCACGGGUUUAGUUUUGCUGCCAAUUCCCUUCUAUUAGUAUGACAUAUAAAAGAAUAUUAUUCGAUUGGAGUCAAGUAGAAACUUUGCGAAGUCAUUUAUGGAGCAGGUAGAAACAUCUGAAGUACAUAAUUCAUUACAAAUAUAUCCUAUAACCAUGACCCCUCUAUUUCCUAUUGGAUUUUUGUUUCAUGAUUUUCAGGGUCACAGGCAGUGGUUAGCUUUGUUCUGGAAAAAGAGCUGUCUACCUCAUCGUUUUCUUUGGUGGCUGAGGAGGUGAAAACCCAACUGGUGUUUUCUUUAGUACUUAUUACAGUCUCUAUCAAAUAAUUUCUGCAGUCCCUGGCCACGUGAUUUAAAACUAUUUCUCUAGGAAUCAGGAGAUCUACGGAAAGAUGGUGCCCAAGAAACUCUGAACCGUAUCACUGAACUUGUGAAUGAUACUUUAUCUGCUGAUGGCACAUACAAAGUUUCUUUGACAGCAGACGAUAUAUUGGCUGCUAUUGAUAGAGGCAAGUCAGAAGGUGGCCCUUCUGGGCAACACUGGGUGUUGGAUCCCAUAGAUGGCACAAAAGGGUGAGUAUCAUAUCUUAUGAUUCUCCUAGUAUCUCAUCAAAGCAAGCUCUCCUUGUUCACAACUCCUCUUAGAUCAGAAACGAGAAUGUUUCAACUUUUUCAUGCCCAUCUGGCUCAUCCUUCAAAACAAAAUCGCCAACGAAAAGUAUGUGGACUGUUUUUCGAUGAAUCAAUUGCAUAUGGAUCAAGUCAAAAGACUCAUGAAUCGGAUCAAGGCUGGACUGAUCCACUGCCAAGUUCAUAUUGGAUCCUCUGCUUCUGCAACAGGAUGGGGAAUUGCCUUCAGGCUGUUCCAGAAGGGACUGCGUUAUGAGUGUGGGCUACCAUGCUGCCUGAUUCCAAUCUAUGUCAAUCAACCCCUUGACCAUGCCACGAAUCCAAUAAAAACCCCACUGAUGAUACCUGCUGUGAAACCUAAUGAACCAGAACCAUGUUUUUCUAUCAUAUUACAAGACUCCCACUUUUCAAUGAUUCCGAGGAAGAAUCAUAAAUCAUUAACUUACUUCUUGUUUUCAUUAAGCUUUAGUCUUCACGUGACAACAUCUGCGAUAGGUACUGUCGUCCUUUUUCUUAUAUGAGAUGGUACUGGCAGAGCUCUUUCAUACAGCGUAUCAUUUCAAUAUUCUUCUGUUCUUGUUCUUUAUAUCUUCAACUUCAAAGUCCCUGAAACAGGCUACGCACAUCUUCCUACUGUACAUUGAACUAGAGACACUGAUUGAUUUCAUAAUCCGAUCAUGGCGUAGGUUUUUGAGGGGAGAUCAGUAUGCAAUAGCCCUAGCUCUACUAGACGGAGGACAAGUCGUGCUUGGCGUCCUCGGUUGCCCAAACCUCCCUUUGGCAGCUCUUCACGAUCACAAGCAUUCCCCUCAGAGCCCAGUCGGCUGUCUUUUCUCUGCUAAGCUCGGCGCUGGGACUCACAUGGAGCUGCUAGAUGGUUCUUCACCAACGAAGGUAUCUGUCUCUAACAUAUAUGGAAAAAAGUAAAUGCCAUAUCUUUUGUACUUGAUUAUUAUCGAGAGAAUUGUAGAACACGGGGAUUAAUUAAUAUAAUGAAAUUCAUAGAAGAGUCCAAAUUGGUUAUGAAAUCUACACGAACUACUCCAAUCCAGGUGCAGGUCAGCGCUGUUGAGGACCCCGCGGAUGCAUCCUUCUUCGAGUCAUUCGAAGCUGCCCACUCCUCACAUGACCUGUCUAGCUCCAUAGCCAAGGUAUGGCGCUGUCUAGCUUCUUGUGUGGAAUUCUAUUUUCUAGGGCUGAUUCCGAUUCCUUCCACCUCCGCGCUGGGGAAUAGAGACUCGGAGUCCAAGCUCCCCCGGUCAGAAUCGACAGCCAAGCUAAGUAUGGGGCAUUGGCCAGGGGCGACGGGGCCAUCUAUCUGCGUUUUCCGCACAAAGGCUACCGUGAGAAGAUAUGGGACCAUGCGGCAGGGUCAAUAGUCGUCACUGGUGCGUUGACUCUUUCCUCCCCUUUUGGAUUCUUUCUUCUGUGGAAGUAUUAGAUUUCGCAGUCUUUCAUGUGUUGGAUGUAAUCAUCUGAUGGUGAUCAUCUUCGAUUAGAGUUUUAGGAGAAGAGGGCUCGAUCUCUGUCUUUCAGGUGUCGGAUUUGAUCAUCCGAUAUGGAUCAUCUUAGAGAGAGAGAGAGAGAAGGUGCUAUCUGGGGAAGUUUAGAUUGGAUUUCGCUGUCUUUCAUGCAUUGGACAUAAUCAUAUAAUCUUGCUCAUCUUCGAUUAGAGAUUUAGGAAAAGAGGGAUCGAUCUGUCUCUCAGAUUCUGGAUUUGAUCAUCAAAGAGAGAGAGAGAGAGAGAGAGAGAGAGAGAGAGAGAUGGGUUGAUUGGGGGGUUUGCUUAUACUGCUAAUGAGUUAUUAAAAUGGCGUUCUGCAGAGGCCGGAGGGGUGGUGGCUGAUGCAGCGGGGAAGCCGCUGGAUUUCUCCAAGGGCAAGUACCUGGACCUCGACACGGGCAUCGUCUCCACCAGUCAGAAGCUGAUGCCCGCUCUUCUAAGUGCCGUCCAGGCUUCCUUGAGAGAGACAUCCGAGUCCGUCGGACGGCUGUGA